AACUGCAAGAGUAAACUUUACGUCACUCGGAUCGUGCUGCUCUCCAUUCUAUUGGGAGCCCAGUUGGACUUGACUCCAUCAAGCAAAAGGAUGGUGAGCAUUAUGCAUCGAAAGAUGGCCAGUUUCGGCCUAUUCGCGGUUUGAGCCGUGCUGACCCAUCAUGCUGACCAAAAGCAGCUGGCUUGAGGUCACGGACUCGACCCAUAGAAACACCAGGGUCUGCUGGUGCGUCCUUGAUAAUGGAGUCCUCUGGUUCUAUCAGAAGCCAGGGUCGUUGGAGGGAAGGGACUGUCUGCCGUUGCACGACGCGGUGGUGGGCGACUGCGACCCUGCGACGCACCUGCAACUGGCCGUCAGGUGCCGCCGGUCAGGCCGGGUGGUUGCGCUGAAGGCCUCGUCCAAGGAGGACUACACGUCCUGGCUGACCAUCCUGAGCCAGGUGGCCAGGGAGUGGAGCGACAAGCGCAGGGCCAGCAUCCUCAACAAACAGCUUAUGGCCAUUGCUCUUGACAAGGAACGGAGUGGCAGCAAUGAACAAACACAUCAAGAGCUUUCAGAGGAAAUUAUGAAAUUCGCUCCCCGUCGAAAGAGCGAAGUGAUCACUCACGACGUAUCAAGCGAUGUUUACGAGCAAAAAGAUGUGCAAGAAUCACAAAUACGGCGCAAAACCUUAAAGGAGAUUGUAGAGUCAAUCGAGGAUUUGACUCAAUUGAGAUGGGCCAAAUUGAUCGAGGUGAAGCGAAGUGGCCUUUUAGGUUUACUAACAGAGGAACAAAUCGCGUUGGAGGAAUUAAAAUUCGCUGCCCUUAUUGAAGAAUUCAGAUUCCAUCAGGAGCUGAGAGCAUUGAUUCGCUUGGCCACGCGGGCAGUCAGCUGGGUAGACCCUUUUGUCCCUCCUUACCACAAACGAGCUAUCGUAAAUAGCUUGCACAAAGUGAGAAACAGCUCAGCUGUUGUUCUGCGAAUGGCUGAAAGACACUGGAGUCAAAAGGUUACCUUGCAGAACGCAAUUUUUACCCUCUUAGGCCAAGAGGCCAGGGUCGCUGCUUGGCAGCAAACCUACACUGAGUAUUGCUCGCAUUUGUCUGAGCUGCGAUCAAUAUUCAAUCGAUCUUGGAUAUAUAAACCAGAAAUGGAGCAUCUGACGUACAGUAAGAAAUACAAUUUGGAACUGGCCCUUGUACCACUGCAACAUCUCACAUCCCAACGACAAAUGAUUCAGACCAUUUUCGAAUUGCUGCCGCCUGGUUCGCCAGAGGUUUCCUCUGCUAGAAGCACAAGAGAUUUUUUAAAUGAGAUUUUAGAUAGUUGCUAUCACGAAAUGACAGAUUUGGAUGGCUCGGAAUACGUCGCGGAUAUGGACAACGCCUUGCAUUUCGACUUGUCCAAAAUCAACCCCCUCGCCCCAGGCCCGAAGCUCCUACCUCGCAAUCCCCAAUUAAUUAGACCACCAACUGUUCAAUACGAUGAUAUUUAUGAGAACAACAACCAAGAAGCAGUCUUGAGAAAAAUGUCUAAAGUAAAGAGCAGACCGAGUGCCAUUUUUGGAGCCUUGACCAACGCAGUCCGUCGAUUGACUGCGGAAGGAAACGAACUAGCUGCGAACCGAAGAUCAUCAAUGCCUGAUUUUAUGAUUGCUCAUCCCAAUGAUUUAGGCGAAGAUAAUGAGCCCGAGCCGGAAAAGGAUGAGCUGAAACCCAUCCAGAGAAAGAUAAUCGUGGACGAGUACGAGCCAGGAAAAGUUGUGCCAAGAUUCUUCCUUGGAGAACCCUUUUAUCAAGACUAUUUAUUAGCAAUUGCCGAGGAAAACGCUGAAAAACUGUUGCAAAGAGGCAUGAACGAAGAGUCCGUGUAUGAAGUGGUGCAGCCAUCGCAAGAAAAGGGCUGCACGCACUGGUUCAGCAACUUCAAAGUGCAAAUAUCAGGCUUGCUAGGCAAGCUGAGCGAUGACGAGCGCGAGUUAGCCGCCAUCCUUUACGAGCUCGUCGCGUCGGAAGCGGCUUAUUUAAAGUCACUUCGCACGCUCGACCUCCACUUUGCGCGCAACACGGAUUUUUACGACGACGACGUUUUGUCACCCGAGGAUCGGCACAUUUUGUUCUCCAGCAUCGAUGCGCACAUUUCAAACAGCCAGCGUCUGUUGUACAUGAUGGAAGGUUGCUGGGAAAAGGACCUGCUUCUUAAUGAGCUGUGCGCCGUCAUACAAAGUAAUGCGAUCAGUGCGUCGGCCAGAGUCGCGUCUGUGGCCUGCUUCAACCAACGCAUCGUGGCUCCAGCCCUGAAAAGGCUCGUGGAGAACAAGGAGUUCGCCGAGAUUCUCUUCAGAAUGGAAAACUCGCAUGUUUGCGGAGGACACUCGCUUCUCUCCUACUUGACUAUGCCAAUUAAACGGUGGGGCCGUGUAAAGCUGCUCUUGGAAAAUGUCAAAGUUACGCUGGAAAAAAUGAGUGAACCGGAAAAGAUGGGCCUGAGGGCUGCUUGCGAGAACGCUCACGCAGCCGUGGAUCGAUUGAUAAGGCGAGCCGAAUCGGGGGCAAAGAAGGCGCUCAGCGAUCAGUCUUUGCAAACACUCGCCUCUCGCCUCUCUUUCAAUCGAAUUCCCAGUCUAGCCCUCAACGCCGAGGGAAGGCUGCUGGUGCACCAUGGCGACUGGCGCAUUCUGGGCAGGAGGGAAAACGGACGCGGACCGUUCAAACCCAAAGUGCCGCAAAAAGAGCUUCUCGCCUUUCUGCUCACUGACAUUCUGCUCCUGGUCGACCCGCUGGCGAGCUCUUCAACAGGUCGGCUAGAGGUGUUUGAAUAUUCAGCCAGGUCGGACGUACAACUACGAACAAUCGGACCUGGAUGCCAGGAGCCGAUGCCAGGCUACCUUGCCAAUGACUCCACGGCCAAAGAUUCUCUUUACUUGAGUUUCAGGGACCAGUCAGGGAAAUUGGUCGAAAUGGUUAUUGGAUGCGAGGGGCCGUCAGAAAGGGCACGAUGGCUGGGGGCCACUUGCGACGAGGCGAAUGCGACGAGGCCCUCGCCGCCGCCGAGAGUGAGGCGGCCUGCCAUCCUCAGAGCCAUCAAAGCGUACUCGCCGUCGAUGCCUGAUGAACUGAUGCUCACCCCGGGAGAUAUUAUCGCACUUUCCAGGAAUCCAGGAAAUGAUUGGGCCCAAGGUCGAAACGUUUUGGACGGUUUCUCUGGCUGGUUCCCGAAGGAGCUGACGGUACAAUUGUGUGCUGGUCGGAAGAGCGUGACGUUUUUGGUGGAUGAAGAUGAAGCAACUCCCUACGCUAGAAUUGCUUUUCCCAGCCGUGCUUCCUCAAUUGCUUGAAAAGAAUUUGUUUGGUUGAAUUAAAGAGCAUAUUAUUUUUUAUCUUUUUAAAUCAGUAUUCUGGUAUUUAUUUCUGUGGACAGAUAACAACACAUCAUUGUAUUUCACAUAGCGACGACAACCGCCUGUCA